UGAUCGAUCACCCAUCUAGUACAAUUGUCUCAGAGUGAUGAUGUCGGUCUCCACCCCCACAAAGCCAAACUUACUAUCUAUAAUCCCAGAUGAUGAACGCUCUCCUCUUAUCCCUACCCCCCAUUCCGAUGAUAUCGAUUCAACAUGUUCUCUUCCCUCUUCCCCGUCAUCCCUCUCGAGCGCCACGCCCUCUUCAUCCCUCACAACUCUCAUCCUCUAUUUCAUGACCUUCCACUUCCUCAUCGCCUUUUGCGAAUUGGUCCUUGUUGCUCCCCUCAUCUCGCUCUUUGAAUCUUCUCUCUGUCAAUCUUAUUAUAAUUUUCCGGAAGCAGCUGCUACUAUUGUACAGCAUAAUAUCAGACUAGAGCUUUGCAAAAUCCCAGAGAUACAAGGUCCAUUAGCUACGAUUAGAGGAUGGAAGAGUUUUGGGGAUACGGUGCCUGGUAUUUUGUUAUUUUAUUUUUAUCUGGAAUAGAUAUUAGAGAAUUGGAGCAAGGAAAAGGAAAGGGUUAAAAGAAAAGAGGAGCUGAUAGGUAAAUAGUUUUAUUAGUAGCAAUCCCCGUUGGAAAUUUGGGAGAUCGGUAUGGAAGGAGGAAGAUUAUGGCAUUAUCUUUAAUUGGAGUUGGAUUAUCUUUCGUGGAAAUCUUUGUUGUUUGUAUGUAUAUUGUUACUUUGUUUUAGUAUACUAGAAUAUUGCUAAUUUCAUGUCUGAUGAGGUGCUUUUCCCAAGGUAUUUAAUUUGCGUUGGGUGUGGCUAUCUUCCUUUUUCCUUUUAUGUGGAGGGGGCCUAUAUUCAAGUGCAGCUUUAAUGUGGGCGAUGGCUUCAUCGCUCAUACCGGAAAAUAAAAGGUUAAUACACUCCUUGCGAAAAUUGUUUCAGGCUGAUAGAUUGCGUGUAACAGAAGCUAUGCAUUCUACUAUAUAUUCUCGGCGUUCUACAUUGCAGAGCUGGUAGGAUCAUAUUUAGCUUCUAUCACUAUAGACAUUUCUCCUUGGAUUGCCUGUAGUAUGGCCAUGGGAUCUGUAAUUUUGGGGUUACUCUUAUUGUGGAUAGUACCAUUUAGUCAAUCCUCCCCGCAGCCAAGAUCACCAUCACCUCCAACAUCCUCAUCAUCAACUACACCAUACCCACAGUCCACAAACCACACUCCUAAUUCCACUAUCCUCACCACCAUCAACUACGCCUUAACCCAACCCAACGUUCUCCUCUGCAUUCCCGUCUUCCUCGUCGGAACUCUCAGAUACACAACCCUUAAUCUCCUAAUCCAAUAUUCUUCCGUCCGUUUCAAUACCAAGAUAUCUCAAGGAGCCAUGUUCUACACUGAAACAGCUAUUAUUAAUAUAUUUCUAUUUCUUUUCCUUCUCCCGAGGAUAACCGCUUUCAUACAAUUGAAAAAUCCUGUUAGGACCGAGAAAAUUGACCUGGCACUUAUGCGGAUUAGUGUAUGUUUUCUUUUGCUAGGUUCUCUUGCUAUAGGGUUGGCACCGACAAGUGGCUGGAUUCCAGUUGGUAUGGUCUUCCCUCAUACCCGACUUUAUCAUCACUAACCUAGAAGUAGGGGUCUCUAUUUUUGCCGCAGGCUGUGCGUACUGUUCUAAUUCAUCGCCUAAAUUCCAUUCUAUCCAUACCCAUACCCGUUUCCCGUUUUCUUCCAAACCCACAAUUAACAUCUACUCCAGUCGGUUCUCGCAUCUCAACACUCUCCCUGAUAUCCCAUUUCAUCCCCGCCUCCUCCCUCGCCACCCUCUACGCUUCCAUAGCCGUGCUCGAGAACAUUGGCCAUGCUAUCAAUGAUCCUUCUAUGCAACAUAUAUUUGCCGCCACUUUACAUCUACCGUCUUUUUGGCACGCCUUACCUUUCUUCGUUGCUGCUGUAUGUAAUCCUUCAUUCUUUGAUUGGGAAGCGAGGUCUCAAGAAGAUAAGCUAAACUACUUGAGUGGAAUAGAUGUGCUAACCAAUAUUCCACAAUAGAUAUGUUAUUUCGUAGCAGGUUUAUCCACUAUCUUCAUAAAGAUUGAUAAUGAUGAGUUGAAAACAAGAGAUGAUGAUGGGGUGGAGGAAUGAAUUUUGUGCAUUGUGUAUGUAAAUGACUUUAGUAGCAGGCCAAGAUUUCUCCGAUUUUCGAUAAUCAAAUCAUGUCGUAACUUGU